CACAAAAUCAACAAUCAAAAAUGUCUGACUCUGAACCAAAAGAAAUUGAAACUCUCCUCGAAGAAAUUCCACUCAAUCUCCUCAAGGAAUAUAUGGAUGGUAACGACAUCAAGGGAAAGAAGACCAACAAGAAGGUCGCUGUUGAAGCCAUUCUCGAACAUGCUCAAAAGAAGGGUGAAUCCACCUUCAUCAAGGAAUUGGAAAAGGACGCUUUGAAGAUGGCUUUGGAAGAAAUGGACAAGAAGGUUGAAUCUGAAUCUAAGCAAAAGUUGGCCAAGUCAUUCAAGUCUCACUUUUCCAAGCAAAAGGAUAAGGCUAAAUACUUCCAAGAAUGUUCUCUUGAAUUGUUGACUAAAUUCUUAGCUGCUUUGGGUAUGGAAGAAGAUUCAUCAAAGGAAGAAAAGGCUGAUGCUGUUAUGGAAGAACUCUUGAUCACUGGUUUGAAGCUCGGUUUCACUGCUAUGGCUAAGGAAUUCAUCAAUGAUGUCUGUGAUGCUUUGAAGAUCUCAAAGUCUGGUACCAAGAAGGCUUGUGUUAAUAGAAUUAUCGGUCAAUCAUAUCCACAUUACCUUGAAGCUAAUACUCCAGAAAAGGAAGAAAGAGAAAAGAAUGAUAUUACCAAGAUCAAGGAAGGUAUCACUUUUGAAGAUUUGUAUCAAUUCUAUGCUGAAGAACUCGUCGAAUUUGCCAAGCAAAAUGGUUUGAAGAAGACUGGUAGCAAGAAGAUUAUGUGUAAGAGAAUUCUCAAGUUCUUGGCUGGUGAUGAAACUACUACUAAACCAUUGAAGCCAGGUCAAAGACAUAAGAAGAAGAAGGGUGGUAAGAAGAGAAAGGCUGAUGAAAAGGAAGGUGAAGAAAAGGAAGAUAAGGAAGAAGAAGAAAAGGAAAAGGAAGAUAAGGAAGAAACCGAAUCAAAGAAGAAGAAGACCAAGAAGUAAAUGGCUUGAUCUACAUACUCCUCCAAAUCCCAACAACUAACCUAAAUUAUUUAACACACUUCCACACAACCCCCUAAAAUACCAAAUUUUGUACAAAUUUGUAAAUCUAAAUCUAGUACACAACCUAGUUUCAAAAUAAAACCAUUAAAUUUCG